AUGGACGCUAACCGCCCGGGCGCGUUCGUGCUGAGCAGCGCGCCGCUGGCCGCGCUACACAACAUGGCCGAGAUGAAGACGUCGCUGUUCCCGUACGCGCUGCAGGGCCCGGCCGGCUUCAAGGCGCCCGCGCUGGGCGGCCUAGGCGCGCAGCUGCCGCUCGGCACCCCGCACGGCAUCAGCGACAUCCUGGGGCGGCCCGUGGGCGCGGCGGGCGGCGGCCUCCUGGGCGGCCUGCCCCGUCUCAAUGGGCUCGCCUCGUCGGCCGGCGUCUACUUCGGGCCCGCGGCUGCCGUGGCGCGCGGCUACCCCAAGCCUCUGGCCGAGCUGCCCGGGCGCCCGCCAAUCUUCUGGCCCGGCGUGGUGCAGGGCUCGCCCUGGAGGGACCCGCGCCUGACCGGCCCGGCCCAGGCCAGCGGGGUCCUGGUCAAGGACGGCAAGAAGAAGCACUCGCGGCCGACCUUCUCGGGCCAGCAGAUCUUCGCGCUGGAGAAGACUUUCGAGCAGACCAAGUACCUGGCGGGGCCGGAGCGCGCGCGCCUCGCCUACUCCCUGGGCAUGACCGAGAGCCAAGUCAAGGUGUGGUUCCAGAACCGGCGGACAAAGUGGCGCAAGCGGCACGCCGCGGAGAUGGCGUCGGCCAAGAAGCAGCAGGACUCGGACGCAGAGAAGCUGAAGGUGGGCGGCUCGGACGCGGAGGACGACGACGAGUACAACCGACCCCUGGACCCCAACUCGGACGACGGGAAGAUCACGCGGCUGCUCAAGAAGCACAAACCCUCGAACUUGGCGCUGGUCAGCCCGUGCGGCGGCGGCGGCGCGGGGGACGCCUCGUGAGGACGCGGCGGCGGGGCCGGACAACCAGGGUACGGGACGCGGGCCGGCGCCCCUCGCCAGCCGCCCGCGCCGGAGUGUGUAUAUAUAUUUUUACAGAAUAAGUUAUAAAGCGGCCUGGCUCGGGCUCGGCGUGCGGAAACCCCAGAGCGCCCG